AAUUUUACAUUCCUGUUGUGAAAACUUUUGUUAUAACAGAAGCUGCCGGUGAGUGAUCCGUCUUGAUCUCUGGAACCAUGUACACAGCAAGCCCCAAAAGCGGAUCUCCCUUUGAUCCUUCCAUCAAGCAACCAGGCCUAUAUAUUUGGCGAGUAGAGAAGAUGAAGCCCGUGUCUGUCUCAGAAGAGAUGAAAGGCAUAUUCUACUCUGGGGAUUCUUACCUGGUUCUUCACAAUGGAGCUGAUGGGCAAUCCAGUGUGCACAUCUGGAUUGGUCAGAACUCCUCCCGGGAUGAGCAGGGAGCCUGUGCUCUGCUUUCCACCCACCUCAACUCCUUCCUGACAGAAAAACCAAUCCAGUACCGGGAAGUGCAGGGUAACGAGUCAGAUAUUUUCAUGGAAUAUUUUCCCCAUGGUAUACAAUACCAGGAAGGUGGUGUGGAAUCCGCCUUUCACAAAGCAAAGUCCAGUCAACCAGCUGGUCCCACCCACAAACUCUACCAAGUAAAAGGAAAGAAGAAUAUCCGAGCCACAGAGAGGGAACUGAGCUGGACUAGUUUCAACACCGGUGACUGCUUCAUUGUGGAUUUGGGAGAUAUGAUUAUUACUUGGUGUGGAGCGAAAUCAAACAUCCUGGAGCGCAACAAAGCACGAGAUUUAGCAACGGCAAUUCGGGACAGUGAGCGGAAGGGAAAAGCCAAAGUGGAAAUUGUGGCAGAUGGCGAAGAGCCAAUAGAGAUGACAGCGGUCCUGGGUCCCAAACCAAUUCUGAAAGAGAGCAGUCCAGAGGAAGAUGUCAUGGCUGAUCGGAAGAAUGCCGUUGCUGCUGCACUCUACAAGGUCUCAGAUAUGACCGGGAAGAUGAGCCUAACUAAGGUUUCCGACUCCAGUCCUUUCAGCCAGGAUCAGCUUGUUACAGAUGACUGUUUCAUCCUCGACAAUGGCCAGUGUGGCAAAAUCUUCAUUUGGAAAGGUCUCAGAGCAAAUGAGCAGGAACAGCAGGCAGCACUGAAGGUGUCAGAGGCAUUCAUCUCCCAGAUGAAUUAUCCUCCAAACACCCAGGUGGAGAUCUUGCCCCAAGGCCGUGAAAGUCUUCUCUUCAAACAAUUCUUCAUAAGCUGGAAGUGAAACUGAGACGGCAUCCUGAAUUAGCAAUAUGAUGUCUCAGCAACUGUGCCUUACCCUGCAGCAACCAUUAUGCCUUAUAAAACUGGCACCCUUCUGUCUUCUCAGGUUUUUCUCCAGACUGAAGUUACUCGCUCAGCUUCUCUGCAUUACUGACAGAGAAAACAUAAGCCCUGCCUCCUCUGAGCUUGGACUGCUCUAAAGGGGGCAGUUGGACAAGCUCGUCAAGAUCUUAGCUUCUUCCUCACUGCCAAAAAGUUCCUGGAAACUGAUUCCACAUCUAUUAAUUGGGACUUCAGCCAUAGCAUGCUAGAAGGAUUUGAAUUGUAGGAGAAGGGUGACAGGAGGCUGUACCAUGGAAGUCAGGCAUGAAGACACCAUCCAGAGAACUUCACAUAACUAAAUCUGCAUACCUGAGGAAACGUGCAGACAGUGUUAUAUAGUGGUUAGAGUGACAGAUUUGGGACCUGUCUGGGAGACCUGAGUUCAAAUCCCCAUUCAGCCACUAAAGGCCAAUCCCUUUCGGUCUACCUUACCUCACAGGGUUGCUAUGAAGACAAAAUAGAGAACCAUAUACAUCACCCUGGCUGAUUCCACUUGAGGAUUUUUUCCCCUUGGUGAUGAUAUUGCCAGUGCAAUCGUUUCUCAAUUUGUACUUGCAACAGAGAUUCCAUGCAGCAAAGGAUAAUCCAGCUUUUCACCCUUUUUAGCCUUAGCAGUGGUUUCCCUUUCACAUGAGAUAAAGAUUGCUCUGCCCUCC